AUGCAAGAGUCGAAGGACCUUGGAAAGAAGCUUACUGCUUUCCACCUGUUCAACAUGUUCCCGCAGGAGCUCCAAGAUGAGGUUUGGACAGCAGCCGUCUCCGCCACCACUGGUAAGCUGGCCGACGCCAAAGUAAGUGGCAUGGCAGCACGACUGGAGCGCGUUUGGAGAGCUUUCUUCCUCAAGCACCAGCGUCUCACAAUCAACCUCCAGAAAUGGGAGGCCUACGGCCGAGCCGGCGGGAGCUGUACACACAGCAAGGUCUAA